GUAUAGAAGCCAAGGUGGGAAGCUCCCCCUUCCUGAAGUGUGCCACCCAGUUCCCUCUGAUCCUCUGGCACCCGUACGCCCGGAGCCAGUCCUUCUGUGUGGUGACGGAGGCGGAGCAGAGGAAGUGGCAAGCCGUGCUCCAGGACUGCGUCAGACACACUAAUGAUGGUUUGACAGAGGACAAUAAAGUACAAACUCCAGCCUUCACUGAUGCAGUACGACUCUAUCGCCAAGCUCAAGGGCACUAUGGCACUUGGGAGAUGAUGUGUGGUGUACCAUCACAGGUAAGCAUGGCA